CAAUAUUUACGAUGCAUCCCCUUUCCUUGAUGUCCCCAAAUUCAAAUCUGAAAACAUGACUGAGAAAAUUAAAGAAUGCAUCCCACGUUCAGGCUUGUGUCUCGAUCAAUUUAUAAACAAUGGAAAACUCAGGACGAGAGAAAGUUCAUCAUCUAGCGAAGACAUCAAUGUGCCUAAACAACGACAUCGAAAUAGCAGGAAUAGACGAAGGAUAUCGAGUAUUCAUACUGAUCAACAUGAUCAAAUAUGUGCCGAUUUUCAUUCAGAUCUCCCACCAUCGUGUACUUGUCAUUGGACACUUUAUAAUCUUGAGUCGCUUGGUGUCUACUACAAAUACGAAGCAAUACCCUGCCAUUUAAUCUUAGAUAUUGUAUACGACCAAACAGGAAUGUUUGGACAUUUAACAUUGAACCAAAAAGUGUUGGUGAAGAAACUCCAGGACCAAAUAGAGUUCUCAUUUAAUAUAUCUGAUCUUCAUAGAUACAAUACAGAGGAGUACUAUAGAGAAAUAGUUGAGAAUUUAAGUAAAAAUCUGUUAAGUGUAGUAGAAGAUUUCACUACAAGUACAGCACUCAUGGUUCAUUAUCAAUCACAGAGGGACAAGUAUGGAGGGAAACUAUCAGAAGCUGUGUUUAAUGAUUUAUUUAAAUCUUUUGUGAGGAUGGUCAAUCUAGUUCCUGGCCAAGGUGAAGAAUGGAAGGCACAGAUGACAAUUCUUCAACAAACUGUUACAUCAGAAUCAGAUAUAGUUAUAAUGACAAAACAUUUUGUUGAUUCUGUUCCUCAAAGUAUAGUGGCUGUUGUUUCUAUUGAAGAGGUAAACAAAUUGUACCAAGGAGGAAAUGAAAGUACAUGUAGCCUUUUGAAAAGACACAUGAACAAAAGACAGUUUAAAAGAAUGAAUGGAGACACUUCAAGUUCUAGUAAUGAAUAUGAAAUAUCUGAAAACAGGAAACCAGAAAUUUAUAAACGAGUUAAUCAGACUGUUCUAGGACAACAUGGAGGAGAGCUCUUGGUACAUGCUCAAGCUUAUGGGAGCAGAUUUGCUAGUAAAAGCAAUUGUUGUAGAUUUCAUCCAGGAAUGAUUGUUAUAGGAACUCAAGUCAUUUUAACUUUAUUGGAAUUCAAUUAUGAUCACAUGGAUAAACUACAUAACGAAAGUGUAAAUGAAAAUUCAAGGAGCUGGAUAUACUACUCUGACCCAAAGGAUUUCUUAAAGAAGGAAGAUCGGGAUUUAUUAAUUGAGUCAUUUGUAAGACUGAGUAAUUAAAUCUAAUGUUAAAUCACAAUUGAUUAAAUUUUCUUUGUAGUUGAGUGUUUUAUGUAAUAUGUUAUGUAUAUUAUAAUUAUGGGAGAUAAAUGAUUUAAACUUAUCAGAUACCAAUAGGAUAUAAAUAACAUUUAGAUAGCACUAUUUCUUCAUAAAAUGAUAAGAAAUAAAUGUAUUGUGUCCCUGUUUCCAUUCUCAAUUGUAUUGCUGUUUCACAAGCUUGUCCAUUGAUCAUCCUUCAAAGUAGGUCCAAUAAGGGUAGAUUUUGGCCUCAAAUUUCAGGUUCAUCUAACGAAAGAUUUUGGACACUUUUUAAACACUUAUAUGUCUAUUUCAAUUGAUUCAAUUAGUUAUUGCGAAAGAUUUUAAUGGAUUUAGUCAUGAGAAACGCUCCGAUUCUAAAAUAUGAAAAAUCUAUCAAAUAUGCCAAAAAAUGUCACUUUUCAGAUGGGUUUUGUCAAAAAUGAAAGUGGUCACAUCUGUGUUCAUCCUCAACCUUUAUAGUAUAUGUUAUGUAUUAUCAUCAAAUACAACUUAUAUACCAAUAUUAUGAAUGAACACAAAUGUGGCCACCUUUAUUUAAGACAGAAACCAUCUAGAAUUUAACUAAAAUGCUAAAAUUGUGAAGAUUUAGUAAUUUAGCAUGACUUAAUGAUGGUAGUACCCAAUAUGUGCUCGUACUUUAACCUAUAAUGGUUUAAUUUUUAAAUUGUUAUUUGGAUGGAGAGUUGUCUCAUUGGCACUCACACCACAUCUUCCUAUAUCUAUUGCAUUGUCAAAAACAGCCCAUUUUAAUGAAGCAGAAGUAUUAUACUUUCCAAUAAACAGCUAAAAGAUUUCAAGUUCACAAUUUUGUAAAACUGCUAUAUUUUGGGGCCAAAAAGGGGUCUUACUGGACCUACUCCUUUGUCUUACAAUUGAUGGUCAAAGAAUUAUUCCAUAAUGAAAUGCUUGAACAGUCAGCAGAUUUAAAAAUGAUAUGAUCCUUGCAAAAAUAGAAAGCAGAAAAUCAUUGCUUUGUCUAUAGAUAUAGGAAGAUGUGGUGUGAGUGCCUGUCUAUUUAUACGAAACAAAUGCUUGAGUUUUCCUUCUUCAAUUGGAUUCAAACUUCUACAGGUAUAAGAUAGUGGUAAGGGGAGAGCCAAUCAAAUCAAGGGAAAAGAAGUCUUUGUUUCUUAAAAUAGACUUUCAAAACAUACCUUUGGCAUGGUAACUAAAUGUUACUUUGAUUAGUUGAAAAGAAUCUUGGAAAGAUGAAAGAUGAAGGAAAGAAGAUAAAGCCUAUUUACCCGUAGGUUCUGGUGAAUCGGCUUCAGUGUAAUGAGGUCUUGUAAAAAGUGAAAUAUUUAUGGAAACAAAAUGGUUUUCAAAUGGAGGGAAAAAGGGGAUACUAUACAUUUUCAGGUCAAUUGGUUGGAGAUCCAGGUCAUUGCUGGUAGAAAAAAUAAUAUAGAAAUAUAAGUUGCAAUUUGUCGUUUCUGGGUGAUUUCUUCAAGUACACUUGUUGUAGAAUUUAAGAUUUUGUUGUCAAUGAUUUAUUUGUUAUAAGUUGAUUAAUUGCCAGAAGGCAGUUUUGAUAUAUUUAUUACAAUAUUACAAAUGUGUACUAAAAAUUUAUAUAACAAUGUUAUAUAUUAUAAAAAAGGUUCUCAUUUAAAUCAAUAGUCUAGUGCACUUUCUUU